AUGUCGCAAUCACUAGCACACUCGUCGCGCGCUGUCAUGCGCUGCGCACACGCCCGCCCAACCACCACUGUCAUGCCGCCGCUGCUGCAGCGCAUGUUCCUCUCAACGACUCCGUCGACCGCAUCACGAGAGCAAGCGUCCACCUCGGCAUCAAAAGCGCCAAUACCGGCCACCGGCGCACCUCUACCCUUCCGCAUCGGCCGCAGCAACUCGCUCAACUUCCCCGUCUACCACCGCAUCAAGUCCGGCGGCACAAACCGCACGACCGAGGUCAAAAAGGUCGAGGGCGAUGCACGCGUGCUGUCGCAGCAGCUGGCGACGGAGCUGAGCCUGGAGACCAAGAUCAACCCGCGGACAAACCACGUUAUUGUCAAGGUAGGUGGUGCUGCCGUCCCGAUGGCUGGUUAA